CAUCAUGGCGUCGAUAAAUCUGUUGAUUUCUGCAAUAUUGCUUUUCGGUGUACCAUCUGCUUUUUGCAAUUAUGAAAAUUUUACAGAAUUUUUGGAGAUGGUUGUCGGGAACGUAUCGGAAGCCGAGUCUUAUGUUUUGCCAAAGGACAAUAGCAAGUUUCUGGUUCUCAAUGAUAACACAACUAACGAUUUAGGUUCAUUUGACUUUGUUAUCAUCGGAGCGGGAUCAGCUGGCUCGGUGUUGGCCAAUAGGCUUACCGAAGUAGAAGGAUGGACGGUCUUAUUGUUGGAAGCUGGUGGUUCCGACAACGAUUUUACGGACAUUUACGGUUUAAGCAGUGCAUACACGUACUUUAGCGAUAUGAACUGGGGAUACAACACCACCACUCAGAAACAUGCAUGUCUUGGAAUGGUUGACCAGCAGUGCGUUUUCCCGAGAGGUAGAGUCAUAGGAGGGAGCAGCACAUUUAGUGAUGGCGUGUACGCGAGAGGUAACGCUGAAGAUUUUGACAAGUGGGCGGAAAUGGGCAACGAGGGUUGGUCAUUUAACGAAGUAUUGCCAUACUUUAAAAAGUCGGAGAAAGCGGUGUUUGAAGGGAGGGAACAAGAAUAUCACGGUCAUAAUGGGUACUUGAGUAUAGACGUCACGUCCGAGACUGCCGGUUUGGAGUCCAAACUGUUCGACGCUUUUCGUGAAUUGGGUCAAGAAAAAAUAGACUACAACGGUGCGAAUCAACUGGGAAUCGGCAAACUCCAGUUUUUCCUCGACUACAAUAAACGGGCCAGUACUUCGAGGGCUUUCUUGCAAAAUUUUACGUCCAGACCGAAUUUAAACAUCAGUUUAAACAGUUUCGUUACAAAAAUUUUGAUAGAUUCCGAUAACAUAACGGCUCGUGGCGUCGAAUUCAUCAAAGGCGGUAAGAAGUACAGGGUGAACGCGAACGUUGAACUCAUCCUGUCAGCGGGAUCGAUCAAUUCGCCUCAGAUCUUGAUUUUGUCUGGUAUUGGUCCGAAAGAUCAUCUCAAUGAGCUUGGAAUCGAUGUUGUCCAAGACUUACCAGUAGGAGAAAAUCUUCAAGAUCAUGUAGCGUAUAUUGGAUUGUAUUAUAGAACAAAUCAUACCUAUUAUAACAACACAGUGGAAGAUCUGUUAAAGCUCUACGUGCAAAAUUUGAGGCCACUUACAGCCGGUCUCUGUUCUGAGUUAGUGGGUUUCCUUAACACAGAUAAUAAUUUAACUGCCAGACCGGAUAUAGAGUAUGCCAUAUUGAACGCCCCACUCUCAGCUGCGACAGUAUCCAAAAUAUUCAGAUUUUCUGAUGUGUAUACCAAUAUUUACCAACCCACGGUGCACGAUGUGUGGAUGAUGUCCGCCCUUCUCCAUCCAAAAUCUAAGGGCACCGUUAGAUUACAGUCGAAAAAUCCUGCAGACUUGCCCCUGAUCGAUCCAAAUUAUCUGUCGGAUGAAAGCGACAUCGAGACUCUCUACAAGGGCGUCCAAUAUCUCUUGAAACUGAACUCUACGACAACUUUUAAGGGAUUUAGUGCAAAAGUCCAAAUUUUCGAUAUGCCCACUUGCGACCCAAACUACGAAAAAGGGUCUAAAGAUUGGUGGUAUUGCGCCAUCCGGGCUUUAAGUACUGGGUUUUAUCAUCCCAUCGGUACCACGCGUAUGGGCCACAGUAAGAAUAAUUCAGUGGUAAACGCUAGACUUCAGGUACAUGGCAUGAAUAAGUUCAGGAUUAUAGAUGCAGGAGUUAUGCCUGAGCUGGUUUCGGGCCAUACGAACGCUGGAGUUAUCAUGAUUGCCGAGAAAGCAGCAGAUAUUAUCAAAAAGCAUUAUAGUGUUUUGUAAAACUUGCUAUCUAUUAGAAUAAAUUAUCUUGGCGCGUAAAAUGAAUUGAUUUUGUUUCUUCAGUAUAUUGAUGUGAAUAUGUGAACCGACUAUAAUUGUGCAUCAAGGUGGCCGAAG